AUGGGUGCUAGUGCCAGCACCCCUUCAGUUCAUCCGGAGUCGCAAUGCCCUGUUGACCACAAGACUCGAGAAAUCUGGUUACAGCAACACCAAGGCUCUGCCGGCGGAGCUCCUCACCCAAUCCCCCAUAAGCUCGAUGACAACGGCAAAGUGAUCAAUGAAAACGCGGGCACGAAGCAGCGACAGUUAUCAAAUGAUCGCGAAAUCAGCAGCAUACCGCGAGCCUUCGAUGCCAAUCCUUCCGACACAGCCAACAGCCAACAGCAACAAACAAUACCGUCACCAUAUGCAGCUCAAUCAACUGCUUCACAUUCAUCUCCUUCUAAUUCCGAGUCAGAAACGGGCCACGAUCCCGCCACGGGCAAUUGGGUCUAUCCCUCCGAACGCCAAUUCUUCGAUGCGCUGGUGCGCAAAAGCAACGUACCAGGCUCCACGAAGUCGGCCAAAGAACUAGCAACUUCUGUCGCAUCUAUAAUACCGAUACAUAAUGCUGUGAAUGAAAAGGCGUGGCAAGAGAUUCUUAAAUGGGAAAGUCGUGCGCCGUCCUCCGAUCCCGGUAGCAACAAGUGCGGUGGUCCAAAAUUAUAUGCCUUUCGCGGGCUGGGGACCGAGUCUCAAUUCGUGAGCCCUCGAGCUCGUCUCAAUGGGUUGAUGGGUUAUCAGCUACCUUUUGAUCGUCAUGACUGGGUUGUUGAGCGCUGCGGGGGCGAGAGGGUGGAAUAUGUGAUUGAUUUUUACCAGGGGAAGCCAGUCGCAUCAUCUGCUUCAUCGCAACCGGAGAACGGGUCAGGAAUCAUGAAUGCCACAGGGCCCGGGAAGUUGAGCUUCUACCUUGACGUGCGACCCAAGCUGAACAGCGUUGAAGGGUGGCGCAUGAGAUUUAAUAGAUACUGGGGAUUAUAA